UAACAGGUAAACAUAACCUCCAGUUAGCAAAGUAAGCGUAAACUUAAACUUAACAAAUUACUUGUGCUUGAUGUUAAAGUUCAAAGAUAGCAGAUUGAGACUGCUUGAUCUGCAGCACUCCUUCCAAGAUGACUGCGAAAGCUUCCUCACCAAUUUCGAAUCUUUCUCCUCGUACAAUUUUCACGUCUUCGAGAAUAUCUGGCAAGAGAUGAAUUUCAGUCUCAUUUUCCUUGGGAAAUAUCGCAGAAAUGAAUUACCGCACUUCACGCAAAUGUGCUUCGAUUGCAUUAAGAAGUACAUCGUUUUCGACACAUCAAACUACAUCAAAAUUGGGGCUUUGUAUUUGCUCUAUGGAGUUUUCAAUAAGCAACCAAUCAAACAUUACGUUCGUAUACGAUUGGUUUUGGAAGAGUUCAAGGUUUUGAGCGCUCUGAUGGCCGAGAUGAAGGCGCAAAACCAUGUUGAAGCGUGCUACGUCUAUUCGAAACUUUUGAAAGACAACGCCUUCGAUUUCGUGUAUUCUCAAUGCCAUUUAGGGCUGGAAAACAAAGUAUUAAAGGCAGAUUUGAAGUUGAGGGAUGAUAUUUUCCUGACGGAUCGCGGACUGCGGAAAGACGUGGAAACUGUUGACGCAGAAAUGUUCAAGGACAUUAAGGACGUGGAUGGAAAAUACCAGAAGCUCUUGAAAGACUAUAUAAAUAAAAAUCCAGAUGUUAAGUUCACUUCGUACUCGGAGCUUGUUAACAAGAAUUUGAAUGAAUUGCUGGGACCAACUGAGAGUACAUCGACGAAAGUGGAUGAUGCUUUGUCGCUGAAACGAAAAACUAUUAAGGAAAAAGCUUUCAGGUCCGCUAAAAAAUGAAAAUUAAGAACGUUCAGUUAAUUUAUAUUAGAAUAAACAUUUGUCGAAAUAUAAGUAAAU